AUGGACUUAUUAAAUAACUUCCGAAGAACUAAAGACGGCGGAAAAAAGAAGAUCACAGCUUACUUUACUCACGCGACUAUGUUAGAGACGAUUUGUACAGCACUGGAAUUAUUUAAGGAUAGUAAGCCUUUGAGCGGUGCCAAUAGAGAACGUGAACGUAAAUGGAGAACUAGUUUCAUGGCUGCUUUCGCUGGGAACCUUGUUGCAGUUUUAAACAGAUGCGUGGACAACGAGGUGAGCGACUACAAUGUCGUCUUCUAUUUAAAUGAAGAACCUAUUCGAUCUAUCUGCGCAGAUGGAAUUUAUACAUGGAAGGAGUUCGAAGACAAAUUGUCACCAUUCUUAAACACAAGUAUAGAUUUCUGCGAGUUUCUGUCUGAACCAUAUUAA